CCGAAGGCCGAAUGGGCUAUUGACUCUGAGGCCAUGAGGGCAAGAGGAAUAAUUUUGACAGUUUUAGUAAAUCUAACUACAGGUAGUUGGUCAAAAAUAUCGAGACAAAACAACUUAAGCUAGCAACAUGUGAUUCAGCCGCCAUUGUUUUGGUUUUCUAGGUUGGCACUUUUCUCUCCUAGUGGGCUAUAACACCUAGCCUAGUAGUAGCUCAACCAAUCAGAGUGCAGUAUUGAUAAUAAACCACCAGUUGGAUUUUACUAAUAAUGGUUAUUGGACCGAGUGGAGUCCAAUUCAGUCUGAAAUAAUGUGAGUGAUUAACAAAAUUGGGCGAACGCGUCGCAGGAGUCCAUUUUGUUAAUCACUAGUAUGAUUUCAGAGUGAAUUGGAUGACACGAAGUUCUGUUACCAAUUAAUCGUAACUAUAACAAAAUUUGUGAUUUUUAGGCUUUUUUCUGAUUAAAUCACAAGAAAUUCUGAGAGGUUUUUUGCUAGCAGUGAAAAAAUCCAUUUAAGUGUGCGCGAGUGAUGGCACAUACCGUCCAAUUACUUAGACAUGACAUAUACUGUCCUAUUACACCGUCCUAUUAGUGCUGAAAUCAGGACAGUUGAUAGCCAAUCAGAUUUGAGAAUUUUGUUAUACAGAGUUAUGAUUAUUAGAAAAACUUGAUACAACUUAACGAGGAUAAUCUACACAAUCCAGAUUAUUAUGAUUCUAUCUCAGCACAAAAGGCAAGAGCAAGACGUAUAGGAACAUAAAGCAUCUUUCUGCUGUCUAUCACACAGUUAGAAAAAAGUCAACAUGUUUUCUUUACUCCAUCUUCACCGCUUAACUUACAAUUCCCGAAUGCCAGUACGCGGCACACCACAUCUCCAAUUUUAAAUUAAGUAGGGUAGCAAAAUUAAUGAAUAUAUUUCUCAGAAGGACAGAAUUUGUAAUCAUAGAUGGCAAACUCCUACCCAAAAUGACUUCUUACAAAUUUCAUUGAAUAAACAGGUGAGUCAGACAGGUCUGUUCAUAGUAGAGCUGACUCCUUUGAUUCUAUUUUCUUGUGACCAUCUCUCAUUUGCUGAAUCAUUUACUCUAGUAUUGGCAAUUUGGGGUAUCGCUUAUGGGAGUCUAAACUGUAGUAUUUAGUAUAGUGUAUAGUGUACUUGUUUUGUUAAAAUGUGACAUUACUUCUUAUAGAACAGCCUGCGUUCACCACACAUCCUAAAAAUCCUGAGAUAUUCAGGGAAGGGGGAAGUAUAACCUUUUCAAGUGAUGCAAAUGGCAUUCCUGAACCAACAUUUUCUUGGACCAAAGACGGGUCUGAG